CUUCACAUAUUAGGUGAAAUAAUAAAAAGGACAAAGGGAUAGUAUAUAUAAAUAUCAAUACACGCUGUACGAGAGAGAUCUUUUUCCUUCCGAAGUUGUGGUGGUUCACGGAAUCAUACUUUGACUCAGUCGAAAACUAGCACUGAAAAAUACAGUACGAGGCGAUUACCUGCCGAUUUCCGCCAUGAGAACUCUUCAAGCGUCCACCUCCUACAGCGUCGGCUUUGGGAUUUCAUCUUUUGCUACUCUUCCUAAGCCUUCUACUCGUCGCGACGUCACGGUAGCUAAAAUGGAGCCAUCAGAGAAAUCUGUUGAAAUCAUGAGGAAAUUCUCGGAGCAGUAUGCUCGCAGGUCAGGAACGUAUUUCUGCAUGGACAAGGGCGUGACUUCUGUAGUCAUCAAGGGAUUGGCAGAGCACAAGGAUACGUUGGGUGCGCCACUCUGCCCCUGCAGGCAUUAUGAUGACAAAGCUGCAGAAGCGCAGCAGGGCUUCUGGAACUGUCCAUGUGUACCGAUGAGAGAGAGGAAGGAGUGCCACUGCAUGCUUUUUCUCACACCUGAUAAUGAUUUUGCUGGAGAAGAACAGGCGAUUUCUAUGGAGGAGAUUAAGGAAACAACAGCAAACAUGUGAUGCUCCGCCAUAUACUUUACUUGCUAUGAACAUUACGUUUUUGUUGUACAUGUAUAUUUGAGUAGUAGAUGACGAGCAACGAUCAAAAUUCUGAUGUGACAUGUUGCUGAAAUCCCAUCCAGUAUAUUGUGUGGUGUCAAAUGAGCUUGGGUGGGCGAGUACAAGUGCGAUGUAAUCUAACCGUCGUGUGAUGCAUCAAGAUUGUAUGAGUCGUAUAGGGUAUUUUGGGUGGCCUCAGCUAAAGCAAAUCUUGAUUUUGGAUGGAAACUGGCUUUUAUAAUUUCCAAAUGAUGCUUUCUGAUGUUCAA